GAAGAUAACUCCUGCUACUUCCUUUACAAAAUCAACAUGGUUGACGAAGUCACCAAGAACACUUUAGCGCAGAUUCCUCUGUUGAAAACGAAAGCCAGCCCACGUGAUGGAGAAUUGUGGGUACAGCGUUUAAAGGAGGAAUAUCAAGCGCUGAUAAAGUAUGUACAGAACAACAAGGAGGGAGACAAUGACUGGUUUCGACUGGAGUCGAACAAGGAGGGUACACGCUGGUUUGGGAAAUGUUGGUAUAUCCACGAGCUGCUCAAGUAUGAGUUUGAUGUAGAAUUUGACAUUCCUGUGACCUACCCAACAACUGCACCAGAAAUAGCACUGCCAGAACUAGAUGGCAAGACAGCCAAGAUGUACAGGGGAGGUAAAAUCUGCUUAACGGAUCACUUUAAACCACUGUGGGCCAGAAAUGUACCGAAGUUUGGAAUAGCUCACGCAAUGGCACUAGGGCUGGGGCCGUGGCUGGCUGUGGAAGUCCCAGAUUUGAUACAGAAGGGAGCCGUGACACACAAAGACACCUCCACCCAGUGACCUCACAGACGUCUAGGAAAUAUUUAUUUCUUUAUCACACAUGAUAAUUUUUAUUGUUGACAUGGAGACUGAAGAAGAAAAAUACAACUGAAUUUGUUAAAACUUUGAUUGUGACAUAUUAUCUGUACUUUCUACGCUGGGAGUUUCACAAGAAGCUGUCAUUGUUAUACCUUAGAUGUCAGUUGCAAAUGACCAAAUUAUUGAAGUAAAAUAUUUUGUGAAAAUAUCUAUCUCGUCAUGUACAUCCUGACAGGCAGAUCUCUCAAAAGCAAAAUAGAAAAUCACCUUGACAUUAUGUGUAUCGUAAAUUAUUAUGAUGUUUUGUUUUUGAUAGUCCAUGAAUGGAAACAGGUUUCAUCAGCAACAUCUUCAGCAUGAUACAUAUUCCUUACUCACACCUAUUAACAUGAUGCAGGUUUCAUUACUGAUCAAUGUAUUACCUAUAAAGCCUGGGCUCUCAUAAGCACGAUGCAGGUUUCAUUACUGAUCAAUGUAUUACCUAUAAAGCCUGGGCUCUCAUAAGCAUGAUGCAGGUUUCAUUACUGAUCAAUGUAUUACCUGUAAAGCCUGGGCUCUCAUAAGCAUGAUGCAGGUUUUAUUACAGAUCAAUGUAUUACCUAUAAAGCCUGGGCUCUCAUAAGCAUGAUGCAGGUUUUAUUACUGAUCAAUGUAUUACCUAUAAAGCCUGGGCUCUCAUAAGCAUGAUGCAGGUUUUAUUACUGAUCAAUGUAUUACCUUUAAAGCCUGGGCUCUCAUAAGCAUGGUAGCUUCCUGAUAUUUUGAUGUUUAUUUGUUGUUUCUGUGAACUUGCUGAUAUGCCAUUCUCCAAUACUGAAUAUUCAUGACUCAGCACUUGCAUUCAAGGGUGAUGGGGCACAUCGUUUCAGAGACACUGUAACAAUGUUUCAUUGCAUCAAUGUCAUUAGCUGCUUUUCCUCAACAAUAGUAAAACAUGUUUAAUGUUUCA